UCUCAUGUCGAUACUCAUCAAUGGCUGAGGCAUUGAGUACAAAACCGUCUACAGCGUUAAGGAAUAGAGCUUCCAUGGCGAACCGUACCCAGUCACCGACCAGUCCGCUAUUCGUUCUGGGCUCCAACGACGACCAGCUCGAACGCGCCCAGGCACGCGCCGCACGCGCCGCAGCCAAUCGUCGCAAAGCGGCUACAGUUUCCGCUCCUUCUUCUCCGCCUAGCGAUCCUUGUCUCAGUAGAGAACAGAUUAUCGACCUCUUCCAGAACUGCAUCAAACUCGCCAGCGAAAAUAAAAUAAACCAGAAGAACACGUGGGAGCUUAAGCUUAUAGAUCAUCUUAGCGAGAUUAUUAAAGUUGAAGCCGAAAAUGACACAGAGACUAAUUUCCAGAAGGCAAGUUGCACACUGGAAGCAGGGGUGAAAAUUUAUGCGGUGAGGGUGGAUUCAGUGCAUGCUGAGGCAUAUAAGGUCCUAAGUGGGAUGAAUCGAGCCAGUCUGGAAGACGAACAAGAAACUACUAGGGGGGAUGACAAUGUCAACAACGAGCAGAGUAGGGGUCAGUCUAAGAAAGAGUUGGAGAGGAAGACAUCACCACUGUCGACAUUGGAAUCCUCCUUUGAAGCUCUGAAUGUAAAGAAGUUUGAUGUUGCAUUCACGGUCGAUCCUCUAUAUCACCAAUCAUCUGCACAGUGUGAUGAAGGUGGAGCCAAGGGUCUGCUAUUAAAUAACCUUGGAGUAUAUGGAGGAUGCCAGGUGAUUUUUGAUUCUUACGAAGUUCCAGGGAUGUGCAGAUCAUGUUCAUUGCAUAGUAAUCCCUCAGAUUUGAUUGAUCUCUCUUUUGCCAAAGAAUCUAUUCAGGAGAUGGUGGUGAACAUGCUUGCAAAGAAUGAAAUUUCUCCUACUCUCAAGGAGAUGCUUUGCCAAUUUGAAGAAAAUAAUCAGCGGUCAUCACAAGAUUUUAAUAUAGGCCAAAAUUCAGAUCUCAAAAUGGAUGGCUUUGAUGAUAAAGAAGUUGAGUGGGACAUUUCAUCUGGGAACUAUGACACAUGGACCAUUGAUCAUGAUGAUGAUAUAGGUGUUGAUCAUGAGAAUAGAAGUUUUGGAGAUCCUACAUUUCAAAGUCAUCAUGAGGGUAAUAACUCUGGUACAUCAUAUGAAGCUGAUGUAGGUGACAGAUUUGAGAGAGUUUCUGCGUUUUUGUUUCAAGGUUUGGGAUUGAAUUCAAAGAAAAAUGCAUGGGCUGGUCCUGAUCACUGGAAAUAUUGGAGGCCUAAGGGUUCAGAGGAAGCUCCUGCGACUCAAAGCAAACCAACUACUAAGAGAACAAAGAAAAAGGACCAUAAGGAGGUCGACCUUGAUUUCACAACAUCUCUAUACAAAGAAUUUCCAGACAUCUUUGCUCCCCCAAAAAAUUCCAAGUCUUUACUCCUACCUGCAAAUACAGUACCUUGUAGUAACAGGCUUCCAGAAGAUUGCCAUUAUCAACCUGAGGAUCUUGCCAAGUUGUUUCUCCUUCCAGAUGUUCUGUUCUUUGGGAAGAGAAGACGGCAUCAUACAGAUGAUAAUUUGUGGGAACAAAGUAAUAAUUUUGAUGAAGUAUUUCCAUCAUGGGACAACGAGAGUGUGUGUAGUGGCCAAUAUGGUGAUAGAUGUGUUCAUAGCAAUGUGGAAGACACGGACACACUUGUCUCCCAACCUCGUCAGGUAAGCAAAAUUGAAGUGCAGUAUGAUAGAACUUCAAAACGAGUUGAUGUUCAUGCAUUGAAGGAAACUCUGUGGGGUCAUAUGCAAGAAUCUGCGGAAGUUCCUUCAGCAGAAUUGAAAGACACCAUAUCCUUCAAGCAUAUACUGGUCACCUUUCCCGUCAACUGCCGAGCUGCGGUGCCUGAGGAUAUCUCGCCCCAUUUGUGUUUCAUCUGCCUUUUGCAUUUGGCUAAUGAGUAUGGGUUAAGCAUACAUGACUGCCCAAGUUUAGACGACUUGAGCAUUCAUCUUCCGUCUCGUUUAAACUCAGAUGGGGUGGAACAGCCUUCAUCGUAGCCAAAGAAGCAGUGUACAUUUGAUAUGUGGAUAUUUCAAGCUAGCAUGCCUUCACCACAUGCAAGUCACUAGGGCCUAUUGAGCGUUGGUCAAAGAAAUGUAAGUCUAUUUCAGUUGCCUUGAUUCUCAUCUUUUGUCGCAUGAUGGUUUGUUGAUUUUGAGCAUGCCCCCAACAUUGCCUUAAGCUUAAUUCAGCGUCUCUAUAUGUUGUUCAUUGUGUCUUUUGUGAAUAAUGAUAUGAAAUACUAGCUCCCGACGUAUGUUCGCUUCUAGUUUAACAAACUGCAAACCAUUUUGUCAAUUAUUGAAUUUGAGAAUGUAUGCAAGGUGAGACGGGACUGUAGUUUCAUGGGACCAA